GGUGCACGGCGCGAUAUUCUUAGAGGUGAUGAGCCGGGCAGGUUUUGAAUACAUGGCCAGGGUGUUUGGCGGGUGCGCCAGGGCCACCCGACUUCGAAGGCAGACGGCUCGUUCUGGGAGCGGUGGAGGCUUGAAGAGGUCGCAUGAUGGAAGAGCAACCAUAAAAGGAUCAGGCCGAUGGGGGGUUUCUAGGUUAUAUGUCGCCACAGCUGAAGCGGACGCCGCGCCCCGCGAGGCGGAGACGGUCCGAUUGGAUCACGGCGAGUCGACCGACAGUGGCGGGUUAACGCUGGUGGACCACACCGCUGCGCUUCGAGAAGCGUUGACCCGAAGGCGAUACAAGGAAUUCGACGAUCUGAUAGGCGAGCUGAAGGAAAAAGGCGUCUCGUUCGAUGCGGAAAUUUAUGACCUCAUCAUUCGCUCCUACGUGUUGAGGAAGGCGCCCACGGCCUCCAUGAACUGCUACUAUGAAAUGAAAGAGAAGGGGAUCCACCUGACGAUCGACACGUAUAACGAGAUGAUUGGCAAUUUUGAAUGGAUUCGAGACGCCGAGCCGACGUUCAGGCUCUACGAGGAGAUCUUGGAGUUGGGGCUGACGCCGACGAUCGACACCUACAACGCCAUGAUUAGAGUGGCGCUGACCACGAAGAACAACUCCACUGUAGAAACGAUAUUUGAGGAAAUGAAGGAGAAGAACGUCGAUUUCGGCCUGAGCACCUAUUUGGAGCUGAUCAAGUCCUACUCCAAGCAGCAUUUGUCUCACAACGCGUUCAAGUGGUGGCAGGAGAUGAACGAAAGGUUUCAAAUCCACAUGUCGGAGCUGGAGCUGCCGAUGGACAUCAUCGACGGCUUAUUCAAAACUUACUUCUAUAGCGGCCACAUAAGGGGAUUGAAGGAGCUGAUUGCGUACCACGACAUCAAGGGAGUCAUAAUCCCGGAAGGCGCGUACAUGAGGUGCUUGGAAGCCGUAGCAAGACAGAGCGAGCCCGACGUCGAAUUUGCAGAAACUAUAUGGAACAAGCUCAGCAGCCAAUACAACCCGACUCAAGCCGGAUUCUCGGCAUUGCUCUUGGCCUAUUCCGCCGGACAGGGGAACCUGGAAAAAAUAUUCCGAGCUCUGCACUUUUGGAUACCAAAGAAAAAUUUUCAUUUGCAUCCGACAGUUCUUUUUUACGUAUCUCGAACGGUAAAAGACCAAGAUGCAAUCGAGUGCAUGUGUAACUUCGUCGACUCGAUGUCCGCCCCCAUCCCAGUCGACUGCUACAACGUCAUCCUGAGAGCGCUGAUGCACCUGGGCGACAGCGAGGCAAUAUGGGAAAAAUACCAAGCUGUCAAAAAUAAGUCGGUCACCCCGAACAUGAUGACCUGGCACGUGCUCCUCCACUCGUUCGCGUCUUUUCGCCGCCAAGAAUACGCGCAAGCGGUCGUAGAAGACAUGAAGCAACUCGGCGUCGAGUUGGACCACCUGUGUAAAGAGCAUGUUAUCAGGGGUGAGGCGAUGUUCGGCGACAUCGCGAAGGCCGUCGAGAGUCUGAAGAAACUCGCCCUAUCAGCAAAGCCCUCUUUCGGGCUGUUUUAUGCGCUAGUCAAGCUCGCCUUGGAAGCCAAUAAAGACGACCUCGUCGACAUGCUAAUCAACGCCUCGCGCAAGUACCACAGCCCGUACGCCCUCAUCUCGCUCAAGAAAAGUCACAAAGAAGCGAAUGCUGCCCACGCCUCUGCUGAAAAGAUGAGCGUUGAAACCGCGAAUCAAUAAAUUUUUUUUUUUCCUCGUUGCCAUAGCGAUUUUCUCCCAUAAA